CACGACUUUCUAAGCAUUGCCUCCUCCAGGAUACCUUUCUCAACCUACCCCCUUCCUUCCAAUGAGAUAGCAACAGUAGCCACCGCGAUCACAAAACAGUGACUCUCUCCCUUCCUCCCUCCCGCUCUCGCGAACAUGACCUCGAUAUUACGGCAAUCGAGCAAUCUUGCACGGAUAUCAAAAUCUUCCCUCCGGUACGCCACCACCCGCGCGUCGAACUAUCGCCCAUUGUUGAGCCAGCAGUCGAGAUUUUAUUCGAAAGGGAAGAGCGAUGAGAAGAAGGUUUCUGCAAGUGAGCAGAAGAAAAAUGAUAAUAAGGUGACGCCGCCGGAGAAAAAUGGAAAACCUGCGACAGGGACCGAGAAUCUUUAUAAUGACAGCGGACCGCUGUCGCAGAAGGGUAGCAAUGAGGGGCCCAGCACAUUGCCAGCUGCGGCAGACAGCAAUAUGUCGAAGAUGACGGCGGAGGAGGAGAAAAUGGUUGAGGAUCUACUGUCAACGCUGAAGAAGGGGUUACCGAAGGGACAGGUGGAGAUCAUUGAGCGGGCGUUUGAGAAUAUCAAGAAAGAGGGGAUUCCGAAGGAGUUGAGGGAAUUGGUGGAGGAGGUUAGAGGGAAGUCGAUGACGCUUGCGACGGCGGCGAAGUUGACGAGGUUAACGAGCCAGAUGGCGAGGAAGCAGGCGGAGAGGGAACUGGAGCAGGCGGAGAGGGAACUGGAGCAGGAAAGCAAGAGUACGGAGUUCAAGUCGAAUGAAAAUGGAGGGGCUUCGGGUCCACCUCCUCCUCCGCUUGGUGGUGAGAAGAAGGCCGGCAGUGAUGGUAAUAAGCAGGACUUCAAGUUUGGGGAGAUAAAGUUCGAUAUGAGCUCGUUUCUCCUGUCGGCUUUCGUGUCAUACCUACUCUACCGGAUGGUCAUUCCAGGCGAGAGCAAGAGGGAUAUUACGUUCCAGGAAUUCCAGACUACGUUCUUGAACAAAGGGCUUGUUGAGAAGUUGACGGUUAGUGCGAGCGGAAAGGUUCGUGUCGAUCUACACCGCGAAGCUACACAAUCAAUGUUCCCAGAUUCUCCUGCCGUCAACCCGAACUUCCAUUACUACUUCUCGAUUGGCUCAGUCGAGGCUUUUGAACGCAAGUUAGACCAGGCACAGAACGAGCUUGGGAUACCUAGCAGCGAACGGAUACCGGUCAACUAUGCUGGUGCAGACAAUGAUGGCUGGUCAAUCCUCAUGAAUUUCGGUCCAACCGUUCUAUUCAUUGGCGCCAUUUAUUUCAUGACAAUGCGUGCGGGAGGCAGAGGCGGAAGUGGUGCCAGCGGAGUCUUUGGUAUGGGCAAGAGUCGAGCCAAGCAAUUCAACCACGAGACCGAUGUUAAGGUCAAGUUUGCAGAUGUUGCCGGUAUGGACGAAGCCAAGGCUGAAAUCAUGGAGUUUGUCGCUUUCUUGAAGACGCCCGAACAAUUCCAAAGACUCGGUGCCAAGAUCCCACGAGGUGCUAUUCUUUCUGGACCUCCAGGAACUGGUAAGACGCUGUUGGCGAAAGCUACUGCUGGCGAGUCUCAGGUUCCGUUCUUCAGUGUCAGUGGUUCCGAGUUCGUGGAAAUGUUUGUUGGUGUUGGUGCUUCACGAGUGCGAGAUCUUUUUUCUAUGGCGAGAAAGAAUACUCCAUGUAUCAUCUUCAUCGAUGAAAUCGACGCUAUUGGCAAAGCCCGUGGAAAGGCCGGCUCAUUCGGCGGUGGUAACGACGAGAGAGAAGCUACACUCAAUCAAAUCUUGACUGAGAUGGAUGGAUUCAAUACUGCUGAGCAGGUAGUCGUGUUGGCUGGUACGAAUAGACCUGAUGUGCUCGACAAGGCACUGAUGCGCCCUGGUCGUUUCGAUAGACAUAUUUCGAUUGAUCGACCAACUAUGGAUGGAAGAAAGCAGAUCUUUAUGGUGCAUCUGAAGAAGAUUGUCACGAAUGAGGAUCUGACUUACCUUACUGGACGACUGUCCGCUCUCACUCCUGGUUUCUCUGGUGCUGAUAUUGCUAAUUGUGUCAACGAAGCUGCUUUAAUAGCUGCUCGAACAAGCGCCAAGUCAGUUGAGAUGAUCCACUUUGAACAAGCUAUUGAGCGUGUCAUUGGUGGUCUUGAGAAGAAGUCUCUUGUCCUCUCACCAGAAGAGAAGAAGACUGUAGCCUACCACGAAGCCGGUCACGCUAUUUGCGGUUGGUACUUCAAGUACGCUGACCCUCUCCUGAAGGUUUCUAUCAUCCCACGUGGCCAGGGAGCACUCGGCUACGCCCAGUACCUGCCAGUAGGAGACACCUAUCUCAUGAACGUCAACCAACUCAUGGACCGCAUGGCCAUGACCCUCGGCGGUCGCGUCUCCGAAGAAUUGCACUUCGAGACCGUAACCUCCGGCGCCUCGGAUGACUUCAACAAAGUCACCAGACUAGCCACAGCAAUGGUAACCCAAUGGGGCAUGAGCAAAAAACUCGGCCCGCUCCACUUCGAAGACAGCACCGAGAAACUGCACAAACCGUUCGCCGAACUCACAGCGCAAACCAUCGACUCGGAAGUCCGCCGUAUCGUCGACGAGGCGUACAAACAAUGCAAAGACCUGCUGACCGAGAAAAAAGCACAGGUGGGCAUCAUCGCCGAAGAGCUGCUGAAGAAGGAGGUGCUGGAUCGGAAUGAUAUGGUGCGGUUAUUGGGUCCCAGACCGUUUGACGAGAAUAAGGAUUUCAUGAAGUAUUUUGGCGGCGCGGGGAAGAGUGCGCCGCCGCCUUUCCCGACGGAGAGCACGGAUAGUCCGCCGGAGCAGCCGAGUGCUGCUUUUAAGAGGGUGGAUUGAGUAAGGGGCUCGGGAGGUGAAGUAAGUUAUUUAGAUGCCGAGAGAGGAUAGGAUGGGAAAGGGAACGUUUUUGUACAGGUCUGCUGCAAGCAAGAAAGAAAGAAAGCAUUGGGCGGCG